CGGCUGGCCGCUGCUGGUGGCGGGUCGCCGACGGGGCCGGAGCGAUGCCCGCUCGUUGCCGAGCUGGCUCCAGCCUGCGCUCAGACUCCCCUUCCCGGGCUCUGCGUCUGCCGCUCGAGGCGCUGCGCUCCGCCGACGCGCCGAGGACCCCGGACGCCAGCUCCGAGCUGGGUCCGGACAGCUCGGCUCCCACCGCGGAGGUGAGCAGGCUCCGAGGCUGAGGAGAGGGGAGAUUGGGGGGCACCUGCAGCCAAGGGCAGUGGAGGAAGAAAUGGCAGGCCCUAGUCAACUCUGCAUUCGCCGCUGGACUACCAAGCAUGUAGCAGUGUGGCUGAAGGAUGAAGGUUUCUUUGAAUAUGUGGACAUUUUAUGCAAUAAGCACCGACUUGAUGGAAUCACUUUACUCACACUGACUGAAUAUGAUCUUCGAUCUCCUCCUCUGGAAAUCAAAGUCCUAGGAGACAUUAAAAGGUUAAUGCUUUCAGUCAGAAAAUUGCAGAAAAUCCAUAUUGAUGUCUUGGAGGAGAUGGGAUACAACAGCGAUAGUCCUGUGAGUCCCAUGACACCGUUCACCAGUGCUCUCCAGAGCGCAGACUGGCUCUGCAAUGGAGAGCCCACACACGACUGUGAUGGACCCGUCACUGACUUGAAUUCUGAUCAGUACCAGUACAUGAAUGGCAAAAACAAGCAUUCUGUUCGAAGACUGGACCCAGAGUACUGGAAGACCAUACUGAGUUGUGUAUACGUUUUUAUAGUAUUCGGGUUUACAUCUUUCAUUAUGGUUAUUGUUCACGAGCGAGUUCCUGACAUGCAGACCUAUCCACCACUCCCGGAUAUAUUCUUAGACAGUGUUCCCAGGAUCCCGUGGGCCUUCUCCAUGACUGAAGUGUGUGGCAUGAUUCUGUGCUACAUUUGGAUCCUGGUUCUUCUUCUUCACAAGCACAGGUCAAUCCUUCUGCGAAGGCUCUGUAGUCUGAUGGGCACUGUAUUUUUGCUUCGCUGCUUUACCAUGUUUGUGACCUCGCUCUCCGUGCCAGGACAGCACCUGCAGUGCACUGGAAAGAUAUAUGGAAGUGUGUGGGAGAAACUACACCGGGCAUUUGCCAUUUGGAGCGGCUUUGGUAUGACCCUGACUGGUGUCCACACUUGUGGAGAUUACAUGUUCAGUGGCCACACAGUUGUUCUAACCAUGCUGAAUUUUUUUGUCACGGAAUAUACACCAAGAAGCUGGAAUUUCUUGCAUACUCUAUCCUGGGUUCUCAACCUCUUUGGAAUCUUCUUCAUCUUGGCUGCCCAUGAACAUUAUUCCAUUGAUGUGUUUAUUGCCUUUUAUAUCACGACAAGACUCUUUUUGUACUACCAUACUCUGGCGAAUACCAGAGCGUAUCAUCAGAGUAGGAGAGCAAGAAUUUGGUUCCCUAUGUUUUCUUUCUUUGAAUGCAAUGUUAAUGGCACAGUACCUAAUGAAUAUUGUUGGCCUUUUUCUAAACCGGCAAUAAUGAAAAGACUAAUUGGAUGAAACUGUAUCUCUGUAAUGAGUUUGUUGUUAAAUAUACAGUAGUUACGGAAUGAAAAUGAAUAACUUUGCUUUGUCCCCAGGUUGUUCCUGGAUUUGUUGCAUUUUUGGCUUAUAUGUUGACAGAUUUCCCAUUCUGAGCAAGUCUGUGACUAUAAAACUCAAGAAAGAGCAACCAAGACUCCUCACCUAGCUGUUUAAACAAAGAGCUCCAGGAGGGAUUUCCUGCCCCUCCUUCAUUGCAGGAAGACCCAGUGUAUGGGUGAUGUGCAUGCUGAGUGUUUGUAUACUGAACUCAGACACAUCAGCUUGGGCUGGUUGGUGGAUUUUUAUUGAUUUCCAGUAGGACUCAAGUCAAAUAUUUUUUGAAGCUCUUUCCCCCUAGCGGGUGAACCAGUCUCACUUCUUUCUUGAGCUAAUCUGUGUCUGUCUGGAAAGUGAUUGUCUUACUGGUAAACAUGUUUUGCCCUUUGAAGCAUUUUUAAGAAAAGUGUAUUGAACACAGCAACUGGUGUGAAAGAAGAAGAGAAUGCAAGGGGCCACGUGUGUGGUGGUGACAUGCUGGUCAGGUGUCAUUGGCCUUCCCACUAAUGCAAAUGUGGGGUCAGCAUUUUCACCAUAGGUGCAGUUCCUGUUUUGUUUUAAAGCUUCAGUGUGAACAAUAGGAAGGACUCGUGAGGAAAACAGCCGCCUUCGUAAUAGUAAAGUGGGAUCAUUUUAGUACUGUGUCUGGAGUAAAUUUGUGUUACAGGGCAGAUGACAGCCCAGCAUAUGCUUUUCUUAAUGAUGUGACUUAGUGAGACAAGUAAGAGGGUUUUACCAGAUGUUAAAGUUCUUAUGUCAGUAAAUAAGUAAAUGUGCAUGCAAAGAAGUCUUUCUUCUAAUGAAACAAUUCUACAGGUUGUAGGCAUAGUGUUAAUGCUGUGGGGAUUUUUGUUUUAUUUUCCUGAAAUAUCUCAUUUUUGACUGUUGAAAGUAAACAGUCUGAGGACAUAUUUGGACACUAAAAGCUUGUUGCUUUUUAUCUUAAAAAUAAUUGUGUACAUACAUUCUUUCUAUAGUUUUAAUUUGGCAGUCAAGAACUAAAACGAAUUAGCUCUGUUAGCAUUAGAAAAUUACCUUCAGUGAUUAAUUUUACCUCUGAUACCAUCUGUCACUUUAGCUUUGACCUUAACCUGGUUGUAGAGUUGGAAAUUGACUUUGAACUUAAACAAGUGGAAUACUAAUUGUAGUUUUUACAUUCCGUUUCAAUACAAGGACUUUGAGGAGGUGCUGGCGUACUGAGGUCACAGUUAGACCGCAGCAGACAUUUAUUUCUUCUCUGUUUGGAUGAAAUAUUAUUGCAAUUGGAGUCAUAGUCCCACCGUCUCUGAAGCUACCUGGGUGAAUCAGGCAGGAAAGGGAUAUUAGGCAGGCAGGUUUCAGUCCACGCUGGCAACCGCGCCCUGGGUCUGCUGGAGACAGCACUCAUUUAUGACUUGAAGUGAUGUGAAGCGACUCAAGUCUGAUUAUGUUUUUAAAUCUUAUACUGCAGAAUCUUACAGUAUUUUAAAUUGCUGAUUCUGUUACAAGCCAGGAUCAAAAUGCCAAUAUCUCAUGUAAAGAGAUUAUAUAAUCAUGGGGUGAAGGUUUUCCAUGCGUGUUUAAGUGGUUUGACUUGUGGUCAGAGGCCAUUACUGCCACCCUCUUACCCCCAUCCCCUGACAUAGCAUGUCAAACCCAACUUAGCUAGGGAAGCUAGUGUUGGCUUUCGGAGACUGUUCCAGAAACACGUGUCAACAUGAAUUUUAAAAUGUUAACUAUAUUAAUGGUAAAUGUCUUAACAUCAGGCUUCUCUCCUCAUGGAUUAUUGUAGAACAAAAUAGAAAGGUAAAUGCAGGUAGCUUUGCUGCGCUAUUGCAUCCCGCAGUGUCCUUGUGAGUGGCCUCACGGUUACUCCCAUUUGUUUGAGGAAAGGUAGGCUAGAUAAUAAGCUGUUAGCUAUUAUAAGACAGUGUUUACAUGAGGUAAUCAUCUUCGGGUCUCAAAACUGAGGCAAUUAGUUUUCAGUUUUUGUCGUUACACCUUUUCUCUUGUUGAAAUCUUAAACUGUGGAGAAGAUAGAGUUUAUGUUUACAUUCUGGGCAGGAUGUGGCUGGGUGGAGAGGCUCCAUCCAUGCCUUUGAAUCUUGUAGUUGAUUCUGCAGUUGUACGAGCAUUUCAUCGUUGACACCUUAGUACAGAAGGAAGGAAAGCUUUUGAGUUUGGGGAUUCAAACUAGGGCUUCUGUAAGAAGACCUUGAUGGAUUGCCUAUGUUCUAGAAACACUGUUGUUGCCCUCCCUGUGGUGCUACACCUAGGGCUGUGUGUGCCCGGCAAGGGCUCAGCCAUUGAUCUACAUCCUCAGCUCUGUUUUACGGGGCAAGGCAGGGCAUCUUAUUGAAUGGGAGCUGGUAUGAAAGGAAUGAGGCAGAAACCUUUUUUGUCUGGGUUGCACUUCCCAAUAGGCUGUCCUCCAGUCCUGUCUGACCAGACUUGUUAUGGCAAAAGUACUUUUAAUCAUGCUAGUUCUAAAUGUUAAUGAUCUUCCAAAUCGAAAACAAUAGGCUACGUCUUAGAAUCAGUCAAUUUAACAAACUAGAAUAACCACUGCCAGGAGCUUACCAUUGGCACUGUGAGUGGCGGCCCUCCUGCCUGCCUGUUAGGACCGAGAGCUGGCAGAGAUGAGAGGAGCACAUCCUCUUACAGCAGAGAGGAAGCAGCCUGUUUUAGUUCUCUCCCCCACCCCCCUUUUUUUUUAAUUUUUUAAGUUAUUUUUUGUUUUUGAGGCAGGGUUUCUCUGUAUUGCCUGGGCUGUCCUGGAAUUCAGUCUGUAGAUUAGGGUAGCCUCGAACUCAGGGAUCCACCUGUCUUUACCCCCGUGCUGGGAUUAAGUUCAGAUUCAUGACAAAAAUCGGCUUUGAUCAUAUUUAGCAAAAAGCAGUUUUAUCACUCAAAGAUUCUAGCGCUAAAAUCCUUAAGAAUGUUUAUGGUGUUCUUGACUUAAAUUCCCUGAUUUAAUACACUUAAUUAUUUGAUAGUCUUUUGUAGAAAGCACCUGUCAGCCCUUUAGGUUCUCAGCCCUUGGAGACAAGGGCACUCCUUAGAAUAGUUUAUUUGCUUUUCUUCAUCCAGUGUGAAAGCCGCCAAAGCAUGUCAGUUUAAUGACAACUUUACACGGUUUAGACAGUUGCUGUUUAUUCAGAGCUGAGCUUGGCCUCGGUCGUCCCCACCCUGUACCUCUGCGGCUGGGGAUUGGUGAAUCCCAUUAGCGCUCAGAGAGCUUCAGCCGGAAGAUUCUGUUUGUCUCUUCUCACAGAGCGUAAAUGGCUGAAAGUGUAGAAGGGCUUGUUGGGUCACCUGUCAGUUCACAUACCUAAUGUCAAUCAAGUCCGGCACAAAUGCCUGUGAACUCUAAGCUGUUUCCCCAGCUACACUAGGUUGUUCUGAGGAUACGUUCUACUGUGUGUUAAUCAAAGGCCUCCAGUGUGUGUUUCCUGUCUCGGCAGAAGGAAGCUUUGUGCUUCGACAGGAGAAGGAAUAUUAUGAAGUUGCUUGUUUUCUUCAUUGUUAUUUCACAUCUCUUUUAAUCUGAGCUACUGGAUUUUCUGAAAAACUAAACAGCCUGUUGUUAUUAACAUCUUUUAAAUGUUUAGUUUUAAUAAUUUUUCAUUGAAGAAUUCGUGAAUUGUUAGGAUAACGAAAGUUUCUGCUAUGGAACAAAGGAGGUGAACCUAACUCAGUAAAGAAGCAGUUUGCGUGGACUAAGCUGGGCAUGUCUCCCUUCCCACAGAAAAACUAGUGUUACUUGAAGAUAUGAAAGUUCCUGUGGUAGCCAUACCUUGAAGCACAGUGUUGUAUAUAAGUAAAUACCUGAUUCUAAAUUAAAUCCAGAUUUAACUAAUAUAUUAUUUUAUAUCUUUGUUGUAUUAAAAUGUUUUAAAACACUAAAAAUAAA